AUGGGGGACAUUUUGCUACAAGCGAUGCCCUUCGGACUAAAAAAUGCUGGGGCUACUUAUCAACGUGCUGCAACAACCAUCCUACAUGACCUCAUUCAUGACACUGUUGAAGUGUAUGUGGAUGAUAUGAUUGUUAAAAGCCAUGACCGAUUUAUUGUAAGUCAAGAAGGAAUCAAGGUUGAUUCAGAUAAGGUUAAGGCCAUUAAGGAAUUUCUUCCUCCAAAGAAUGAAAAAGAAAUAAGAGUUUUGAUGCCACCCAAGCCCGGGGAACCUUUGCUCUUGUACCUUACAGUGACAGAAACUGCCAUGGGUGGAUUGUUGGCGCAAUAUCAAGAAGGUACCAAGAAAGAAAUUGCUAUUUAUUAUCUAAGCAAAAAGUUCUUAGAAUAUGAGACUAGAUAUUCUCCCUUAGAAAGGGCAUGCAUCGCUCUAAUCUACGCUACAAAAAAGCUCCGACAUUAUCUACAAGCUCAUACAACACUCCUUACCUCAAGAUUAGACCCUAUCAAAUAUAUCUUUGAGAAACCUAUUCUGAGUAAAAGAUUUGCGAGAUGGCAUGCUACUCUCUCAGAAUUCGAUAUUCAAUGUGUUAGUCAAAAAUCUGUUAAAGGGAGAGCCAUAUCUGAAGCGUUAGCUGAUGGGCCUAUAUCAGGAGAUGAAUUCGAUAAUGACUUUCCGGAUGAACAUUUAUUCAAUAUCAAUACAUCACAAUGGAAUAUGUACUUUGAUGGAGCAUCUAAUAAAAGGGGGAAUGGUGCAGGUGUGUUACUUAUUGAUCCCUUUUCAAUAAAACUUAGUUUUCCAACAACCAAUAACACCGCUGAAUAUGAAGCUUGCAUCUACGGUGUAAAGGCAGCCUUAGUAGCAGGGGCAAGAAAUCUUAUAGUAUAUGGUGAUUCAAACCUCAUUAUAUCUCAGACAAUUGGAGUGUGGAGGGUUCGAGAUGAAAGGUUGCAAAUGUAUACUGACCAUCUCCAACAACUUAUCCCCUGCUUUGAGGAAAUCGAUUUCAAACAUCUCCCUCGAGAACAAAAUAGUUUCACUGACGCGCUAGCAAAUCUGGCAGUAAAUUUAACCUGGGAAGAUAACGUUAAAGUUCGGUAUGUAACUAUAGAAGAAAAAAGUUCCCCAGUGAUCAUGGAUGAAGAAAUGAUCGCAUCAUUAACUAUACGAGACGAAAAGGACACUUGGUAUAGCGACAUAAAAAAUUUCUUGGCCACUCGGGAAUAUCCCGAAGGGAGUCAUAAAAAAGAUCAACUUGCAAUUCGAUGGCUAGCCACUCACUUUGUGAUAUUAAAAGAUCAAUUGUAUCAUAAAGGUUUUGAUGGAGCCUUGCAACUAUGCAUUCAUGGUGAACAAGUCCGAAAGGUCAUGGAAGAAAUCCAUGGAGGAGAAUGCGGACCACAUAUGAACCGAAGAAUGUUGGCUCGUAAGAUUUUGCGAGCCGGGUAUUAUUGGACCAUCUUGGAGACAGAUUGCAUACACUUUGUCGCAAUUCAUCUGAAAGCUUCAAAUGAGCAUCAAUCUUCUCAUUAUCGCCCUCAAACCAACGGAGCAGUUGAAGCAGCCAAUAAGACCAUUCGGAAAAUAAUCGCAAAAAUGACUGAAAAGACAAGGGAAUGGCCUGACAAGUUGCCGUAUGCUCUUUGGGGGUAUAGAAUCUCUAUUCGAACCCCAACAGGAACUACUCCUUACUCCUUGGUGUAUGGGAUGGAACCCAUCCUACCCAUAGAAAUCGAAAUUCAAUCCUUACGUGUCAUGAAUGAAAGUGAAAUCUCUGAAGAUCAAUGGCUCAAACUUCGGACUGAUGAACUUGCCUUAGCAAAUGAACGAAGGUUACAGGCUCUUCACAAUACCCAACUUUACCAACGACGCAUUGCUCGAGCCUUCAACAAAAAAGUUCGAGAUAGAGACAUCCAUGAGGGUGAUUUGGUGCUAAAAGAAAACUGCGCUCCUCUUCAUGAUCCUCGGGGUAAAUUUAAACCAAAUUGGUCAGGACCAUUCUUGGUCAAACACAUCACUCCUGUCAGGGCAGUAAAGUUAGUCAAUAUGAAUGGUGAUACUUUCCUCCACUUCACCAAUCUUGAUUAA